CCCCGGUCUUCGAAUUCAUUCUGUUUCUCGGGACACCGUUUGUUUGAGCUUUUUUUUUAGUCUCCUUUCUGUUCUAUUUUCGUCUUCGUUUGGCUGGUCCAGACAAGUGCUGUUUUUUGAGUCCUCUAUUUUUGGAUCUGCAUUACGUCAAUAAUAGUAUCAUCUGGCUUCGUAGACCGAAGUCAUCGUUAGCGCUCUCUUAAUCCGCCAUUGCUUUAAGUUGCCUUCGUUCCCUCCCAAAACUUUGCCCAAUCUUCCACCUCCACAAUGAUCCCUCGUGCUGCUGCAAGGCCCAAGUUGUCCCUGAGUAUUUCUGCUGCGCAGAAUACCUCUAGGCCUUCAUUGUCCCUCAAGUCCCCUGGCCCUCUUCCCCGUACUCCGAUCUCUCCGUCUGCUGCCAGCCCCGGCUCGGCCCGAUUCUCAUCUCUACAAGUGCCGAGCUACACUUACGCCAACUCGUGUGCCUCCAAGGGCAUUCUCAAGAAACACUCGGCUGCGGGCGCAGCCGGCUCCGUGAACAAACGCAUUCACUUCAAAGGGACGCCAACGGUGCACUGCGUGACGCCCAUUGAGAAUCCCGAAGAAUACUACGGGACGCACACCAAGAUGUCACGCGAGGAGCGGCGCUGGAUGGUGCGUGAAUGAACCAUCGGCCGCUAGACUCGAUGAACACCUUGAAUGCAGAUGGAAUGGGAGGACUCCCGCAGAGUUCAGGGUCUCGUCAUCCCUUGAGACCCCCAUGUCCCGCGGCCUU